CGACGUGACGUCACUUGCGCGCCGCCGCUCCUCCCAGAGCUUUUCCGGCGUGGUGGGCGCAGGCUCCUGGCCGUUAUCGAGAGUGCCCACCUGCCCGUCCUCCUGCCCGCCACCCGGUGCCAUGCUGCAGAAGCCGAGAGGCCGCGGCCGGCCCAGCUCUCAGAGCGAGCGGGAGCGGGAUGAGGGAGGCGCCGGCGAGGAAGCGCCCAGCACGUCCCGCGGCGCGGUCGGCACCUCUCAGGGCUCCCGCGCCUCCCUGUCGGCCCCUUCCAUGGGACAGCGCACUCAGAAGCAGCUGGAGCUGAAGGUGGCCGAGCUGGUGCAGUUCCUUCUGAUCAAGGACCAGAAGAAGAUCCCGAUCAAGCGCACCGACAUCCUGAAGCACGUGGUAGGGGACUACCGGGACGUGUACCCCAACCUGCUGAGGCUGGCGGCUGAGCGCCUGCAGUAUGUGUUCGGGUACAAACUGGUGGAGCUGGAGCCCAAGAGCCACACCUACAUCCUUAUCAACAUGCUGGAGCCGGUGGAGGAGGAUGCUGAGGUGAGAGGCGAUCAGGGUACACCCACCACGGGCCUGCUUAUGAUAGUCCUGGGGCUCAUCUUCAUGAAAGGCAACACCAUCACCGAGACCGAGGUCUGGGAUUUCCUGCGGCGCCUCGGGGUGUACCCCACUAAGAAGCAUUUAGUUUUUGGCGACCCAAAGAAACUUAUUACUGAAGACUUUGUACGGCAGCGCUACCUGGAGUACCGGAGGAUUCCCCACACCGAUCCUGUCGACUACGAAUUACAGUGGGGCCCGCGAACCAACCUGGAGACCAGCAAGAUGAAAGUUCUUAAGUUUGUGGCCAAAGUCCAUAAUCAGGACCCCAAAGACUGGCCUGCACAAUACUGCGAGGCUUUGGCGGAUGAAGAGAAUAGGGCCAGACCUGCACCUAGUGCCCCAGCCCCAUCCUCUUGACUAUUGAGAUGCGCUCUGAGGGACUCCCGGGAUCCAGGAUAAAAGAACAGAGAAAGGGAGUCGAGGAAAUUUGAUUCUGCUAGGCGCAAAUGUCUUGGAGCGAUAGGAUGCAUUGCAGGGUUUUGUUUUGUUUUAUUAUGGUUUGUGGCUUUAAUUUUUUCAUUGCUAAAGCUGUGGAAGAAAAAUUUCAUUUUAUUGUCUGUUGUUUAAAAGCGUUUUCUAGCUUUCUAAACUUACCUGGAAGACUGUAGCAUGAUGUCAAACAUAUUUAAGAAGGAACCCACAUAGGUAAAUUGCUUUGAUGUUCUAGAAGAUAAGCAAGAUAGCUAUUAAUGAUCAGUUCAUGGAGGAAAAUAAGGCUUUUAAAAUUUAUAAAAUUGUUUUAUCCUCAUGUCAGCACAACUCUAAAAUUCAUAUUUUGUACGGGUAUGAACACUGUGGUUCCAAGAAAUCUAUAUGACAUGUUUAUAUUCAUAAUUAUUACUCUUAUACUAUGAGUUCCACUUAAGGUUUUUUCCUAUUUAUAAUAAAUACUGUACUUUUGAGUCA